GAAAGUUCUGACUGUUAAAUCUCCUCAUGUAGCGAUAGUGGAGAGUCUUUUCAAGCGACAAAGAAAGUUCGGACAUGAAAGUUCUGAACUGAAAAGUCACUUGAAUCUGUUUUUACCAAAGCGGGCGGCAUGAUGAAGCCACUGCUGCGCUGCAGCGUCUCUCUGUGGACUCUCCUGGUCUUCAGCGCUCUCCUCAAGAUCUCCCAAGCACAAUGUCCCGGUAUCAAAUGUCGCAGCAAUGAAACGGAAACAUUUACAACGACGACAAAAACAGUCACGUUUGGAUCCAGACCAAAUUGCACCCUCUCCAUCAUCAAUCAAUCAAUCUCAAUCCCUGAAAAUGGUUCGAUAACUGAUUUGAUUCCUGGAACAGUCUAUCAAAUCUCCAGUAGUUGUUUGAACUGCUGUACAGAGGCCACCACAAAGCCUGAAGUGGUCGGGAACCUCAAUGUCAAUAAUAUCACAACAUCCUCUAUAUUUCUGACGUGGACUAAACCAGAGGGAAGCAGCUCCUCCUAUAGAGUACAAUGGACAGAUGGAAAUGUAAAUGGCAAUGUCAGUGUGACUCAAACUCAGCAAAACAUUACUAACCUGACUGCUGGCGUCCAGUAUAACAUUACUGUUACUGCAGUGGCAGGUGAUGGCAUUACUGAAGGAGAGAAAGUCAGUGUUUCUCAGUACACAAGACCUGGUAAAAUUGGGGAACUUACUGUGUCCACAAACACCGUCUCCAUCUCUCUGAACUGGACCUCACCUCCUGGUGCGGUGUUCACGUACAAGGUGACGUGGCAUAAUAGUGUAGCGUGGAUGAGCAGAUACACAAACAGUACCUUUGCCGUACUAUCAGACCUGAUCCCUGGUACCAACUACAUAAUCUCAAUCGUUGCUAUCGCUGGAGACAAUCACACAGAAGGAGAAUAUAGCAUAUUCUCCUUAGUCACAAAGCCUGAAGUGGUCAGGAACCUCACUGUCACUGCAGUCACAACUUCGUCUAUAUUUCUGACGUGGACUAAACCAGAUGGAAACAGCUCCUCCUAUAGAGUACAGUGGACCAGUGGAAAUGUAAAUGGCAAUGACAGUGUGACUCUAACACAGAAAAACAUUACUAACCUGACUGCUGGUGUCCAGUAUAGCAUUACUGUUACUGCAGUGGCAGAUGAUGGCAGUACUGUUGGAAAGAGUACAUCUGUUUCUCAAUACACAAGGCCUGACAAGCCUGUGAACAUCACGAUUACAGCAAAAGGAACCUAUUUCCUGAACAUCAGCUGGACUUUGCCUACAGGGACAGUCGAUGACUAUGUUGUGAACAUUUCAAAUUAUAUGAGACAAACUUUGUACAGCAAUAUAACAGCAGUCACUACAGCCCGCUUUACUGAUUUAUAUCCUGGGAGAAUCUUUUUUAUCACAGUGACCGCUGUUGCUGGAAACUUUAGUGAGAUGUCUGACCAGUUUGCAUUUGCCACUGAUCCCACACCACCUGGCUCCAUCAUCUUCAGUCAGAGGACAAACUCUUCGCUCUCUCUGAAGUGGGCAACUCCUGUUUUAAUGGAGUAUGCUCCAAACAUCAGCUACUGUAUCACCUACCAGCCUGCAAAUGGAACAGUACAAAAUAUAAGCUCCUUGGUCAAUAGCACAGCACUGAACUGGCUUUUGUCUGGAACUUCCUACAAUAUAACUGUACAAACAGUUGGACCCAUGAAUUUAUGGAGCACAGUUGUCUAUAAUUCUACUUUCACUUUACCCAACCCUGUGUUGAACCUUGUAGCCAUCUCUAGUUCCACCACCUCAGUAAAAGUGACCUGGUCAUACCCGCAGGGAGCCCAGAUGUAUUACAAUUACUUGGUUCAAACCUACAGUACUGCAGGACCAGUGUUUAACACAAAAGUCAGAAUUACCAACACUGAUGUACCCAACCUGUACCCGGGAACUGGAUACAAUAUCAGUGUUACAACGAUAGCAGCAACAGAAAGUGAAUCCACGGUGGAAAGUACAUUCAGUUACACAAUGCCCAAAGCAGUGACCAACCUCACAGUGGCGAAUGUCAACACCACGGCGAUCCAGUUGACGUGGCUCAGACAAAGUGAUCAUAAGCCUUCCUACACCUACCUGGUGAUGGUGCUCCAGAACGCCACGAUGGUUCAGAAUGCUACAACUGAGAAUGAGACUUACACCUUCUUCAAUCUGGCCCCUGGAACAUUUUACUCUUUUAAAGUGUUUACAAUUGUAGAAGGCGUUAUGUCCGCAGUGGAAACCACAUCAAGUUACACAAACCCUGCCGCCGUUACUAACAUCAUAGCCAUAGGAAGCACAACAACCAUGCUAGUGAGCUGGACACCAGCAUUUGGGCAGGUGGACUCCUACACUGUCAAACUGUUCAGAGGCUUGGUGCAGUUGGUGAAAAAUAGCACGAAUCUGAGCAACACUACUGUUAAAUUUCAGGGCCUGACACCAGGAGUGCUUUACUGUGCAGUAGUGGUCACAGAAAGUGGACCUUUUAACAAUAACAACUCUGUUUGCAACGCAACUUUUCCUAACCCUCCUGGACCCAUCAUGGUGACGUCUCAGACUGUGAAGUCCAUCAACUUCACCUGGCCCUUUCCAAAUGACAUGGAUUCCAAUCAGUACAACUUCAGCGUGUCCAGCUUUAAUGGCUCCUUAAUUAGUGGAAACAACUUUUUCCUGCUGGACAACCUCCAGUCUGGAAGCCUCUACAGUAUAUCUGUUGUUACUGAAGGCGUGCUGAACUAUCAGAGCACUGCAGUGACAACAAAAAACUAUACCAGACCAUAUCCUGUAACCAAUCUGACAAUGACAAACAUCACCACAAAUGCAGUGACCUUGGUGUGGGAUCAGCCAGAGAGCAAACCAAACUACUCAUAUUUAGUGCAGACCAACAACAGCUCCAUUUUUGUAUCUGUGGUAGUCUCAAAAAACAUAACGAUCAAUGGACUUCUCUCUGGGAGCAACUACAACUUCACCGUCACCACACAGACACCAGAUGGCACUAAGGCAGAUCCUGUGCCAGUGUCCAACUUUACACGUCCAUAUGGAAUUGGACAGUUGGAAGCUGAAACCUUAAACACAACUGCUGUACGUCUGAAUUGGACGAAACCGCUGGAGUACAAGUCUGAAUACACCUAUUGGGUUAGGACUAUAGGCUGUGGGUCCCAAAACCAAACUGUCCUAGGAGAAGUCGCAGUGAUGUCAGAGCUUCCCCCUGGGACCAGCUGCACCUUCUGUGUUUCUGUCAGAGCAGCAAAUGGCAUCAAAGGGGAAGCAAACUGCACCUCCCAGUACACUAAGCCUGAGGCAGUGCAACCCAGUAUCUCCAGCCAGGGCUCCAAUAGUUCAAUCCUGGUGUCGUGGACCACACCUCCUGGGAGAGUGGAGCAUUAUAUAGUUUACCUAAACAGCAGUUCCUUUUCCCUGAACUCCACCAGUACCUUUUCCCUGAACUCCACCAGUACCUCCUUUCUGUUUGGCAACUUGCGUGCUGGAAGGCUUUACACUGCCAUGGUAACCACAUAUAGUGGACCCUUCAGUGCAUCAUCUGGAUUCAUUAGUAAUGCAACCUUCCCUAACCCUCCUGGGCCGAUUGAGCUCCUGUCGAAGACAACCAACUCCAUUGAGGUCAGGUGGAAGGAAGCGCCACUGAUGAACGGUGCAUCAUUCUACUACCAGUUGACUAAACUAUCAGCCCAGGGAGGAGAAAACAUCACUACCAAUAACACCAGUUAUACUUUUGGUUCCCUGCUUUCUGGAACACCUUACAACUUCUCCGUUGCAACAGUGGGUGAAAUGGGUUUUCAGAGUGAGAGCGUUCAGAUCUACAUGGUCACUACAAGACCGUUCUGUGUGAAGAUUCUUACGACUUCUACAAAAGAGGAGAGCAUCACAGUCAUGUGGAACGAACCCGACGAAUACAAGAAUAGCUAUCGUUACUAUCUGACCUGGCAAGGCUCAGAUGGGACUAUUAGUAAUAUAACAAUUCAAGAAAAAAAUUAUACUGUCAAUAAUCUAGUUCCUGGCAGCAGCUAUGUCUUUAAUGUGACCACAGUGACCUCCGAUGGAACCAAAAGUGCUCCAAAAUGGAUUUCCAAUUGCACAAAUGCAAGCCCGGUGACAAACCUUUCAUGUAUUGGGCCAAACACAACAAAUGCAGAAAUCCUCCUGUCCUGGACCAAACCCAAUGGCCAAAACUCUGGCUUCCAGGUCACUAAAAACAACAUCGAGAACAACAUAAUAUACACCUGCUGCAAAUAUACUGUGUCCAACCUUAGUCACUAUACUGGAUACAAUCUGACAGUGGUGACUCAGAGCUGUGGAUUACCUAGCACUCCUAGGUCUCUUCUCUGCAGGACAGGCAUCACAAAUCCAGUCAUUCCAAAGAACUAUGAGUCACUAGUGGCGGUGACUUCCAUGGCAUACAACAAGUUCACCCUUCAGAUUGACCCCAUCCUGCUGGAUAGCACCAAUGGGCCAAUCACACAAGUUGGGGUGCUGGUGACAAACACCUUUUCUGGUAACCUUUCUGAUCUGGUAAAGUACGUGGGGGCAACUUAUGAUCAGUGGAAGGCAGGGAAAAAUCUAGGAUACAUGGCAACAGUCAGCAAUCAGACACAGCCAAUCCAAACGCGCAGUGUAGGGAGCUAUCUGAUCAUAGAAGUUGGAGAUGGAUCCACAUGGAACGGCUACACUAACGGUGCUCUGGAGGCUACUGGACGUUACCAAUUUGCUAUUGUGUUGUUCACCAAACUGACUCUCAACACAAACAACCUUGUGAAUGUUCAACUGUCACUGCUGUCACAAACAAACUUCUAUGAUACUAUUACACUCCCACAGAACCCAGCAGUUGUCACUGGCAUUGCUGUCGGAGCAACAUUGGGAAUUUUUUUCAUUCUCUUCAUCAUCCUCAUCGUCUUCAUUAUCUACUGGAAAAGGUUAUCCAAAAAAGAAUCGCCCGACAUCCAGAUACAAUCAAUGAGAGCCAAGGUAAGUGUGGCUGUGAGGGUGGAGGACUACGAAGCUUACUACAAGAAGCAGAAAGCAGACUCCAACUGUGGCUUUGCUGAAGAAUUUGAGGACCUGAAGCUUGUUGGUACAGCUCAGGCGAAAACGCACGCUCUGAUGUUGGAGAACAAGCCCAAGAACCGCUACAACAACGUGCUUCCCUAUGACUCCUCUAGGGUGAAACUCUCUAUUAUCCAUGGGAGUCCAUAUGAUGACUACAUCAAUGCUAACUACAUGCCGGGUUACGACUCCAGGAAGGAGUAUAUCGCAGCUCAGGGUCCUUUGCCCAGCACAGUCAACGAGUUCUGGAGGAUGAUCUGGGAGAAGAACGUACAGACUCUGGUCAUGCUGACACGCUGUAAUGAACAGGGACGAGUAAAAUGUGAGCAAUAUUGGGAUCAUGGCACCAAGCACUUUGAAAACAUCACUGUAACAACAACCUCUGACAUACCACUUGAAGACUGGACCAUCAGGGACUUUAACAUAAAAAAUGUGAAAACAGCAGAGAGUCGUUCAGUGCGUCACUUCCACUUCACAGCCUGGCCAGAUCACGGUGUACCACAAACCACCGAGCUCCUCAUCAGCUUCAGACACUUGGUCAGAGAGCACAUGGACCAAUACUCCAGACACUCUCCUACUGUGGUCCACUGCAGUGCUGGUGUUGGACGCACAGGCACCUUCAUAGCCAUUGACCGUUUGAUCUUCCAGAUCGAAAGGGAAAAUAUUGUGGACGUGUACGGCAUCGUCCACGAUCAGCGCAUGCACCGGCCCCUCAUGGUGCAGACAGAGGACCAGUAUGUGUUCUUAAACCAGUGUGCCUUGGACAUCAUCAGAUCAAGAACUGGAACCAACGUGGAUCUAAUCUACCAAAACACCGCUGCACUCUCUAUUUACGAGAACAUAGAACCAAAAAAAGGUUUUCCCAAAAAAGGGUACCACAAUGCAUAGGCCCGAGAAACCACUAAGGUCUUCCACUUCUCUCUUUUCUCUUAACAAGAAACCGAGCAGACAUUUGCAAAGGGAACGCAGAUUGUCCUAAAAAAAAUUUUUUUUGACCUGUUAUGCUUUUGUUAAGAAUCUUGUAGUUUUCUAGGUGCCUGGGUAGCUGGCAGGCGCACUCCUCGAGCGUGACCUGGGGCCCUUUGCUGCAUAUCAUUCCUCCUCUCUCUCCCCUAUCAUGUCUUCUGCUGUCCUAAAUAAAUUAAGGCCUAAAAUGCCCAAAAAAGAAUUGUAUAGCUUUCUGAAUGUAAACCUCUAUUUUGUGGUAUUUAUUUGGUGAAAAUGGUGAAUCUUUGACAAUAGAGGGAGCUAUACUGUAUGUGGAGAUAAAAUAGGGGACAUAAUCACUGACCAAAGAUAUUUGGAUUAUAUGUAAACUUUGAUCAAUUAUAAAAUUGGAUUCCCUCUUAUAACUGCAGAUUUUUGUAUUGUUCCGUUUUUUUAAUGUUGUGCUUGUUUACUACUGUAUAUGACUUACUGAUGAUUUAAUAUUUUGCUCAGGUAUUACACUUUUGACAAAGAAAAACUUAACUUGUAAUGAAUUGAACCUUUGGUAUUGCCUUGUACAAUGAUUUGCUAGUAUAAAUACUAUGUGCCUUUUCAAAACCUGUAUGCUUUAGUGCCAGUAGUUGGCACUCCAUUAUGUUUGUCUUUUAACUGAAAAAGACAAAAAGGGACUGUUGCUGUAUAUAUUACCAUGUUACAGGAACCAUAACAUUAAGUUUCUCAAUACAUCAUAUUUUAGUGAUGUUUGUCAGAUCAUCAGGCCAAUUCUGUGUGCACCUUUUAAACCAAUUUGAAUUGUGCAAUGCCUUUAAAUGAAGGAGUUUUGUUGUUCAUUGUAGAUACUUGUGUAUGUGUAUGCUCUGUUGUGAAUAAUGCACUGGAUGCAUUUGUUUUCUAUACACUGUCCACUUUUAUAAUAUUUAGAGAUUAAUGACAUUUUGGCCAUGUGCUUUGUGAAACUGGAUGGAACAUUUUGCUAUCCACCCUUCAUUUGAUUGUUACAAUUUUACUUUGAUCAUUUUUCUUCUUCUUUUGAUUAAAGAGAUGGAUCACAUAACACAACAACUCAGGAACUUAAACAAUCAAAACUGAACAUUUUGCUGGGGAGAUAUGGUAGGAUGUUUUUGAAAUGCUUCAUGUGAUGUUUGCUGUUACAAUGCAAAUAAAUGUAAAAAGAGCAAGAA